CCGGGCCCCGCACUUAGGGCCGAGCGCGGGCAGCCUGCCCGCUCGCCCGCCGGUGUCGCCCGAAGCCCCGCCAUGCCCGUCGAUCUCAGCGGCACUUGGAACCUGCACAGCAGCGACAACUUCGAGGGCUACAUGCUGGCCCUAGGUAUUGACUUUGCCACUCGGAAGAUAGCCAGCCUGCUGAAGCCACAGAAAGUGAUAGAGCAAGAUGGGGAUUCUUUCUCCAUCCACACGUACAGCAGCCUAAGGAACUACCUUGUUAAAUUUAAAGUGGGAGAAGAAUUUGAUGAAGAUAACAAAGGCCUGGAUAACCGAAAAUGCAAGAGCUUGGUCACCUGGGACAAUGACCGACUCACCUGUGUCCAGAGCGGGGAAAAGAAGAACAGAGGCUGGACCCAUUGGCUUGAAGGGGAUGAGCUCCACCUGGAAAUGUUCUGUGAAGGCCAAGUGUGCAAGCAGACUUUCCGGAGAGCCUGAUCCGUCUCCAACAACAGAGCCAUGUGUGGCUGCAUCUCAGCGCUGAAUUAUAUUCCAGAAUGAACAGAUGUUAAUCUGUCCUGAUUUGGUGAUGGGCCUUGUAGUCAGAUAGAUGUCACACUGCCUGUAUGAGAAAGCAUUUGGAUUGUGGGAAAACGGCUCGGCCUCAAUAAACCUGUCCAACGACUCUGACUUUUCCCCUCUAAA